AUGUCGCGACUCCUGGAUCCCAGCCGAGCUGCUUGGCUGUAUCCUCUUCGGGGAAUCUACUAUUUUGCGUCGAAUCGGUUCCUAUGGCCUCUCUUCAAGGCCCGCCUUCUCCCCAUCGUCCUCCUCUCAUCCUUCAUAUACUUUAUCCUCUUCUUUUUCACCUACCUGCCCCAGGUUGCCUUCCUUGCCAUCUUCCAGGGCAGCUCAGCAUGGGUGAGCGGCGCAUUCCUAGUGCUUGGUGAAGGAGCUGCGAUUGUUGCCGCACUCUUCGAGGCAUUCUUUGUCGAUGAAACUCUAGUGGAUACAUUCGAUGCGGUGUUGGUGAAUGAGGGUCAAGAGGAACUUGUUACCACCUCGCGGGUCAUUUAUCCCGAGCCCGGCAACCCGGCCAAGCGUCUGGGCACGCCGACCACCAGUGCCGUGUAUUCUCCAUUUUCGUUGCGGCAGAUCGUCGAGUUUAUCAUUUUGCUUCCGCUUAUUUUUAUUCCGGUAGCCGGCACUCCUAUGUUCCUAGUUUUGACUGGCUAUCGUGCCGGUCCCUUCCAUCACUGGCGUUACUUCCAUCUACUGGACAUGUCCAAGCAGCAGAGAAAGGAAAGUAUUAGUCGGCGUCAGCUGCAGUACACUAUCUUCGGGACGGUGGCUCUGAUCCUUCAACUGAUUCCUCCUUUUUCUAUGCUAUUUUUGAUGACCACGGCGGCUGGGUCGGCACUUUGGGUGACGGAUAUCGAACGCAAGCGACGAGCUAUCAACCAGCAGCCCAGUCGACUAGGUGAGCAAUACCAUGACGAUAUUAUGCCAUGA